AUACUUUGAAUAUAGACGCUUUUAAUUGUCUCCGUGAUAAAUUUCAUUAAGUGUUUAAAGUAGCAACUAGCAUAUUAGGCAGUUUUGAGCAGAAUUAACGAUAAGCAGUUUUAACGUAACUUUGUACGACUAUCGUUAUUUACAUUGGGAAAACUUUCGGUUUACACAUAUCUAAGUUCGUGAAUGUUUAUUACGUGUGUAUUAAUAAAAUAAGCAGUAGUAAAAAUGAAUAUAUUAAACACUCUACGUAAUAAUUGGAAGAAAACCGUAGUUUUUUCUAUGUUUCUUGGAUAUGGUGUAAACACAUUAAAAUCGAAUAUAGAAAUAAAAAAAUACAUGUCUGAAUUUUCAGUGAACAUUAUGAAUACCAGAAAUAUUUUUGAAAGUUCGCCCUCACCCCCUCAAAAUAUACUUGUGGUCAUGAACCCCAUCGCAAAUAAUAAAAAUUCUGAAAAAAUGUUUAAAAAGUUCUGCGAACCAAUAUUACAUCUAGCUGGAUAUUCUGUUGAAAUACUUCGGACGAAUCAUAUUGGACACGCGAAGGCAUACAUUGAAGAAAUUAAAGAUUUACCUGAUAUUAUUGUCGUAGCUGGUGGAGAUGGUACUAAAUCUGAAGUCGUCACAGGACUUUUGCGUCGUCGAGGCAAUCUGUGUCCAGUUGCUUUUUUACCCUUAGGUCGUUCAAGGCAAUCUGGCUACUUCAAUUUGGGCACUAAUCAAGAAUUGGAGUAUAUUAAGACAUUAUCAAAUGCAUUAAUGCCUGUUUUAAAAGGUCAAUGUAAAUAUGAGAACGUAAUCCAAUAUGAUGUUCUUAAUAACGACGACAGCGAUGAAUCCACGAACAAGCUAAAGCCCAUAUUUGGAAUGAAUGGAUUUUCAUGGGGUCUCCUUAAAGAUAUUGAUUCGUCCAAGGAGAAAUAUUGGUAUCUCGGUCCUCUCAAACAUCAUAUUUCGGCAUUUUUAAGAUCCUUUUACAGCCAGUUGGAUUGGAACUUAGAAACUGAUUUUAUAUACACGCCUCCCUGUAGCGGCUGCAGUAAUUGCUGUGUGGAAAAAGAUAAAUUGCCGACAAAAGGAUUUCUUCUAAGUAAACUUGUAUCACCAAUAAAGGGCGACCCUUUGAAGAAUCAAAUAAAAAAUGACAAAUGCGCUACUAAGGUUCAUGGAACUAUUACCUCCAAUCAAAUAAAUAUAUCGCUUAACCAAAACGAAUAUAACUUCGCUGAGCUGGAAAGCAGGUUCAUUCAUUCACUGGAGCCCGGGUGGAGCUUUAUUAAAAAUAUUCCAAACAUUACUAAGAAGUCAAUACAGCCAAAUUUAGUUGUUAAAAGUAGAACUAUACAACUAUAUCCAACAGAUAACAUACCCAAUAUCUUUUAUUCAAUAGAUGGAGAGGAGUAUGAACCUCGUGCUAUUAAAAUAUCUGUUAUACCAAAUGCUAUUAAAGUUUUUAGUUAAAAUGUGCAAAUGGUUUUUAUUUGAAU